UCAACUAUUACAUUACCUUAACCUUUAUUUGAGAAAAAUUUUCAUUGCUCAUUUGUUCAAUUGGAAGAUAACAAAUAAAAUGAUUGGUGUUUAAAUGUCAAUAGUACGAAAUUAGCUAUAAUAAAGAUCGUUUAAUUACGGUCCAUUAUGUCACAGUUUAUUAGAUUAACGUGUCAGAAAAAAUAAUAUUCCUGUAAAAAAAAAUUGUGUAUUUUUUAUUUCGAUUAGACUCUUCGAUAAUAGCAAUAGUUAUCAAUAUAUAUAUAUAUAUGCAUUUUAUUAUAACAAUUAUCAUAACCUUUUGCAUAUCUAAGUAUUGUAAAAUGCCGAGAAGUCAAUUCAAAAUUUUUGAACAUAGUGAUUUAAAUAUAUCAACUCCGAAAACCUCAAGACACAUAAAGAAAAAAUUAUUUACUUAUUUUCCUAAAGAUGGAGAACCACAAUCAACAUGGAGCGAGGUUAUUGUGAAUAAACAGUUAUCCUCGGCAAAUACACAAGAUUUAACACCACCGUCCGUUAAAUUAUUGACAACACAACCUCCAGCUCCCACGAAGCCACGAAAAUAUAUUAAAAAAAUUGAUUUGAAACCAAAAAAAUUAAUCUUCAAGGAUUCAGAAGAGCCUGAAUCAGAUACAGUACACUUACCAAGAGUUUUCAGAAUCCAUUCUGAUGAAAAUAUUCCUGAAAAUAUAUUAAAAUCUAGAAAAGAUGUAGGAAAUGAUAGAAAAUUAAAAGACAGAAGAAGGAUCAUAAAUGAUGAUAAUAAAGAAAAUUGUGUGGCAAGAGUACGUAUAAAAAGUAAAUCAAAUUUGAUAAAAGCAUCUAGUAUUUCAUUAUUGUCUCAGCAAAAAAAUGUCCAUGUCCAAAAUGGACUUAAACACUUUAGAGUAUGAAUAAUUCAAUUUUUUCAAGUUGUUGAGAAUGAUUUGUUUCAAUGAAUUUAAUUAUUCGUUUAAUAUUCUUUCAAGUAGAAGAUUGUUAA